AUGACCGCUCUCAAGAUGCUGAACUCGGGCAGUGAGCUGAUCGAUAAGAACUCGAUUACUCUCCUUGUGAUCGUAGAGAGCACGGCUCAUCUCGGAGAUACGGUGAAUUGCAUUUUGCUGUACCGAAGCAAUCCGAUACUGCUUGAUUUGGCGGAUCGUCUCAGCGAGCUGCAUGGAUAUCGAUCCGGCACGCUUCUCGUUGAGUCGGUGGAUCCGCUCAUCAAACUCGAUGAAUCGAUCAUUGACCAUCGAGUUGAGCCUCACAAAAUGAUCCUCAAGCGUCUCAUGGUCAGAAUUCCGCCUUUCGCGGACAGAGUCCUGGAAAUGCAUGAACAGCUCACGCUCUUUCCUCAACUCGGCCUGAAGAAGCUCCCACAUGUCUCGGAUCUUGCUCUCAAGUGCUUCAGUGAUAUCCGAGACGCCGUUCCUCAGUAUGUCGAGGUCGGCUUGGGUGUUGGUCACACCCUGCGCGAUCGCCAGAAUAUCGGCGGCGAUGCGCGCGGAUGCGUCCGACCCAAUGGCUUCAUCGACCAGGGCCCUGACAGCACAGGGGCCAGCAUGCCACCCGCCAUACUCGGUGGCGGGGGCAGCACCACCAUGAUCCGCCGCGGAAUCGGUGCGACGGAAUGGGUGCUCGCUCAUGGGCACGUCGGGGAGCGGAGCUCCACCACGGCCUGCCACCGGCCCGUAGGAAUCGGGGAGCGAGUUGCCAAUGCAUUCGCGUACGAUCCUGGAUACGCCCUUUCAUGGGUUGAGAUUCCCGAUGGCACUCGCUACGAGGAUCUCCUUGACGGGUGCAAGUACGGAAUGCUCGAGAACGAAUGCAACUCUGCUUUCCGUGAGUGCGUCAAAUCCAUCGCUUUAAAGAACAAGAUCCAGACCGAAACCGAGCGCAUGCACACGAUAAACCGGCGACUCGGAAGUAGGCAGAUCCUAUGGCUCUUGUAUGACUUUUUGAGACCGCACGUCACUGGCGAUUCGACAUUCAAGCUCGUCGACCUCAUGAAAACCACGAUUGACCGGUUCACCCAUGGGUCCGAGCAGGAGAGACUUGAAGCUUUCUCCAACCGGUGGGAUCAUGUCCUCGCCGGCAUCUCUGUCGAUCGUCCUGAAGAUCCAGUCCUCUGUGCCCUCUUCUACGAACAGAUUCGCGAGUUGCGAUGCCUUGAGCUCGACAUGCAACUGUGGGACAGAGAUGUUUCCGUGCGGAACUAUGCAUACCUGCGAACUGUCUGCGUCAACGCGAUUACCACUUGGCGUCGACGACGCAAUCAGGAGAAGAUGUAUACUGCCACUCGAUCCUCGUCUGCGCAGAGACGCUACGCUGCGCCUGCACACGGUAGCCAAAGGAUCGCCGAGACGUUCGUCACCCAGGCGUUCGUCCCCGAGACACGGGUCGCCAAGGCGAUACUCACGGAGCCCGGGAAGGGCUGCCCCAGCACCAACGCGUCGAUCACCAUCACGAUCCCCACGGGGACGGGCGUUCCCGCCUCGGUCUCAGUCACCGAUUUCAAAGGCGGAAGACAGUAUCGUUUGGGGAAUACUGAGACCCGCAUGAUUGAGUCUUCUUUCCCGGAGCCUGCCUUCGGCCCCGUUAAUCGCGAGAGGAAUUUGAGCUAUUCGUGGCCGGAAGAUAUCCGUAGCCUGAAUAGUGCUCGCGAGAAGCGCAGGGCUCACAUGAAAGCAGUGCUUUGGCGAGAGCAGGUUUUGCUCGAUGACGUUGAUGCCAAGACGCUGGGAAAUGAUGCUUGUGUUCUGGAGCUCACGCUUUCGAAGCGGAGCGCCUGCGAAGUCUUUGCUGCUGCUGUUAAGUCUGUCAAGAGGGUACGGAGGCUAAUGCUUGACUCCGGAUGCGGUAUAGACCUUAUUGGUCUCGGUGAUCUGUCCCGUGAUGAAAGGGAUCUGAUUGUUCAGAAUGCCAAGAUAAGCCUGAGGACCGCCAAUGGGAAAACUAACACCAAGGGUGUUGCCCACAUGCGCAUUGACGGUCUUGAGGAAUUGGUCGAGGCAUAUGUGCUGGAAAGCACACCGAGUCUUCUCUCCUUAGGGAAACGAUGUAAGGAGCUCGGGUAUCGAUUCAUUUGGGAGCCCUUUUGCGAUCCGAUAUUCUUUGAUCCCAGUGGGAGAAAGCUCAAGGUCGACGUUAUCAACAAUAUCCCAUACCUUGCUCCUAGUGAGACUGAGGUUGUGGCUGGGCGACCUGACCUCCCACGAGUUUAUCCGGCACUCCCAGCACCUAUUAUCGUGCAUGAAAAGGUUGUUGCUGCUGGUGAGGAGCCUGUAGGCGAGCUCGAUGAUGUUGGUGAGCUCGUUCUCGAUAUGCCUGAUGCCAAGGAUGCCCAGGCAAAAGUACCUAACGAGAACAAGAAGGUACAAGACAAACGUAAGCCUCAGUCGCCGCCCGAUGAACCUAGAGCGCGCGAUCUGAGAGAGGAGGCGAAAUCAAUCCGCCACCUCAUGACUCAUUUGCCCAAGAAUCCCUAUUGCGAUGCCUGCCAGCGUGCAAAGAUGGAGAAUGUUAAAUCUUUUCGCCAAGACUCACCGCGCGAUAAAGGGUUCGAGAAGUUUGGUGAACACGUUACCAUCGACACUAUGGUCUUGCACGGGCUCGGCAAUCGAGGGAACAACGGGGAGACUGACGCAGUCGUCUUCUACGACCUAGCCACCGAGUGGUUAGAAAGUGUUCCCGUCAAAGGGAGGACGAAUGCCGAUACGCUGCGAACCUUUGGUGAUCUUAAGGACGUGAACUCGUUCUCUAUGGAUGUUGAAAGAAGGUAUGCGCCUUCAGAGAUCCGGGAGAUCUACUGUGACAAGGCUCGCGAGUUCAUAUCGACCUGUAAGAAAGUCGGCAUUUCGGUGAAGCACUCCACACCCGGGAUGCCACGAACUAACGCCAUUGCCGAGAGUAAGGUGAAGCUUGUCCUUCAUGGUGCGCGAGUCGCGCUACGACAAGCAGGUUUGAGUGCCAAAUUUUGGCCCUACGCGUCCAAGCACUUCUGCCAUGCACGCAACAUCGAGAUACGCGAUGGGCAGAGCGCUUAUGCGCAGCGAUUUGACGGGGCCGAGUUUGAUGGUCAAAUCAUUCCUUUUGGAUGCCUUGUUGACUUCUUCCCCGCGCCGGCGCGGAAGCAGACCCGGCGGAGUCAGAAAGAUGAAGUCGUACUCGGCGACGGUGAAGAAUAUGCUUUGCCAGCACCUGGGGAUGACGGAUUGAUUGACGUCGAAGUCGGAUUUGAUGAGGAUGGCUAUCUCGAGUGGAUCGACGACGGAGAUGAUGAUCACUCCGGUGCUUCGAAUGGCAAUAAUAUUGAUCAGCGAUUAUCGUCCUAUCAACGCCCCAGCAAGUUCUCGCCUACAAGCAAACCUGGGAUCUUCCUGGGAUAUCAUUUCGAGAACGGAGGCAAAUGGGAUGGUGAUUACAUAGUCGCAGAUCUUGAAGACUUCAAACGCGACGCAUUGCGGGCGAGCGUCCAUCAAGUCAAGAAGGUGUACUGCUCACCUAAGGAGAAAUGGACAUUCCCAAUGCUGGCGGUGUACGAUAAGCAAACCCGUUCGGUAUGUAUUAAUGAUCCCGCAAUGCAAUCUGCCGUGCCCAAGCCGAGUGAACGUCUUGACGCCUCCGAUAUGCUCGAACUCGAAGACAUCGAUGAGAUUUUGCCCUCGAUGAGCAGAAUCGGAUGA